AUGGAAUUGGGAGAAUAUGACAUACAGUAUCAGCCGCGCACCGCCAUUAAGGCACAAGCCUUGGCAGAUUUCUUAACAGAAGUUCAUCAGACCAACUCUGAAGAAACCUGGAAGAUAUACGUGGAUGGGUCUGCUAAUCACCAGGGAAGCGGAGUAGGGGUCUUGGUAAUAUCUCCUCAAGGAGAUAUACUCCAAUUGGCAGUUCGAUUAAAUUUCCGAGUCAUGAACAAUGAAGCAGAAUAUGAAGCUUUGUUGGCAGGGCUGCAAGCAGCUCGACAUGUGGGGGUAGCCCGGGUAAUCAUUUAUUCCGAUUCGCAGCUGGUAACUCAACAAGUGACAGACAAUUUUAUGAUAAAUUGUGACAAAUUACAAGUAUAUCAGGAAGCCUAUGAGAAGAUGAAAGGAGAAUUUACAGAGGUCACAGUGACCAAGAUUCCCAGGUCAGAAAAUGAGAGGGCAGACGAGCUAGCAAAGAUGGCUAGUUCCUUGACUACUUGGGUGUUGGAUCGGUCAAUGGCACAAACUUUUCUAAUAGCCCAGAUCGAUCUACAAAAUAAUAUAGAAGCAACUAUUGAUUGGCGGGCACCCAUGAUCAAUUAUCUCAUGCAAGGUAUCUUACCAACCAAUCCAGAAGAGUCACGAUUGAUUAGGAAGCAAGCGCAUGUUUAUGUGAUGAUUGGAGAUCAGCUCUACAAGAGAUCCUUUUCUCGACCUUUACUCAAAUGCUUGGGGGUAGAGGAAGCCGAUCAGGCCUUGCGAGAAAUACACCUGGGAUGUUGUGGCAAUUAUGUUGGUGGUCGAACAUUGUCUCGCAAGGUACUCCUGGCUGGGUAUUUCUGGCCCACUUUACAAAGGGAUGCACAUAAAUUGGUGAGCACAUGCUUGUCCUGCCAGAAGCAUCAAAAUUUGACACAUCGACCUACGACCCUUUUGAGAGCGUCUAUAGUUUCAUGUCCUUUUGAUCAAUGGGGCAUGGAUAUCGUGGGACCAUUUUUGAUGGCACAUGGUCAGAGGCGUUUCUUAUUGGUGGCAGAGGAUUAUUUUUCUAAGUGGGUAGAAGCAGAAGCCCUAGCUCGGAUCACAGAAGAUGCCGUCAUUCAAUUCCUGUGGAAGAACAUUCUUUGCAGAUUUGGUAUUCCUCACAAGCUGGUGUCUGACAAUGGAAGACAAUUCCAGGGGCAAAGAAUCCAGGCCUGGUGCAAGGGAUUUGGCAUAAUGCAAGCCUUCACUUCAGUAGCCUAUCCGCAAAGCAAUGGUCAGACCAAGCACGAGCCUGAGCCAGUUCCUUCUGAGCCAUGGUCAGCUCUACUGCUUGGGAGGUCUAUUGAGCCUCCUGAGAUUUCAACUUCUUGUCUUGCUCUUGCGCCAGAGUUUCGGCAGCACGCAGCUUCUGAGUCAGUUGUUCCAUAG